AUGGCAAAGAGAGUGGCCGUGGUGCUGGCCGGCUGCGGGGUGUUCGAUGGCAGCGAGAUCCACGAGGCUUCGGCCGUGCUGGUGCAGCUCAGCCGCGACGGGGCUCAGGCUGAGGUUUAUGCCCCCAACAUCCCCCAGAUGCACGUGGUGGAUCAUGUCAAGGGGCAGCCAACCCCAGAGCAGCGAAAUGUCCUGGUGGAAAGUGCCAGAAUAGCCCGAGGCAACAUCAAGGACCUGGCCACGCUGGAUGUCAAGGAGCUGGAUGCCCUCAUCAUCCCAGGUGGCUUCGGGGUGGCAAAAAACCUGAGCACUUGGGCCACCCAGGGCAAGAACUGCAGCAUCUGCAAGGAGGUGGAGGAGGUGCUGAGGGCUUUCCAUGCUGCCCACAAACCCAUCGGGCUCUGCUGCAUCUCCCCAGUGCUGGCAGCCAAAAUCUUCCCAGGCUGUGAGCUCACCGUGGGACACGACACAGAGUGUGAGCAGUGGCCUUAUGCCAAGACAGCCGAGGCCCUGCAGGAGCUGGGCUGCAGGCACGUCAGCAGCCAGGUGAGCCAGGUGCACGUGGACCACAGGAACCUCCUGGUGAGCACCUGCGCCUUCAUGUGCAACGCGCCCGUCCACCAGAUCCACGACGGCGUGGGCAGGAUGGUGCAGGAGGUGCUGAGGCUGGCCUGA